AUGCCGCUGUUAGGCGUGCUCGCGGAUGGAAGAGAGGUGGCCAUCAAGGUGCAGUAUCCGGGUGUUGCCGACAGUAUAUCAAGCGAUCUGAACAACCUCGGAAGCUUGCUCAAGAUGCUUGGAAUUCUCCCCAAGGGCAUGCGACCAGCAGGCGUCUUACGCGGCUUCCAGGAGAACACGCUUCGCGUGGCUCAGGAUGAGCUUCUCUGGGAGACGGACUACCACAGGGAGGCCGAAGCGACCAUGAAAAUGAAGGAGCUUUUGUCUGAUGAAGAGAUAUUCGUCGUUCCAACAGUCAUACCCGAGAUGAGCUCCAAGAAGGUGCUAACCACCGAACUGCUUGAUGGACAGCCCAUCGAGCAUGUCGUCAAGGAUGACCAAAAGACGAGAGACAUGAUCGGCUUGUUGGACUUUGGCGCAUGCCGGGACUUCAACAAAAGCUUCACGGACGAGUACAUGCGCGUCAUCUACUUCGCGGCGAAGCAAGACAGAGAGGGUAUCAUCGACGCAUCGAGGAAGCUCAAGUUCCUCACAGGCGAGGAGCCUCCCAUCAUGAAUGAGGCACACUGCAGCGCGGUGAUGAUCCUGGGAGAGCCUUUCGCCAAGCCUGGGCCCUUCAAUUUUGGCGCGCAGAACGUGACGCAGCGCAUCCACGAACUCAUCCCCACCAUGCUCAAAUACCGGCUCACACCGCCACCCACCGAGACCUAUUCACUGCAUCGCAAGCUGUCUGGCGCCUUCCUCCUGUGCGCCAAGCUGCAGGCUCAGUUCGCGUGCCAGCCCAUGUUCAUGGACCUCUACCGCAAAUGUGGUCCUCAGUGA